CGCGACAACAACCUGGAGCCUUCACACUAGGUGUAUAAAAGCUGCGGUUGACAAUCCGUGGCAAAAGAAACAUUAGCAGUAUGCACCGAUUCUUGCAAUCGGCUUCAUAUCACUGCAUAUGAGCGCUCAAACUUUCACUACCCAUUACGCAUGACAAAGAGUAUCGUUAAGCUCGGUCUACAAUCUACUAGUACAUUGCAUGCGACUGGGGCGCCUUUCAACAGCCUAGAGGUGAUAUCGAGAACCUAAAACUCGCAGACUACCAGCUGCGAAUCGUUUACUUCCCAUCACAUUUGCCAUGGCGUAUGAUGGGAGGGACCAUGCCGACAAGGGCUUCGGAUCUGGUGGCGGAGGGUACGAUGGGCCUCUGCCGUCGAGAGCUCGAGGGAGACGUCCUGUCACCGACUAUGGCGCAACUAUUGUCCAUUGGAUGCGCCGUCGCCAACCGCGCUACAAGGGCUCGUUCGUGGGCGAGACGGAGAGACCCAGCAAUAGCUACAUCGUUGAUAUGCUGCCGCCCCAUGCCAGGGUAACAAGUCCCGCGGAUUCAGUGCCUUCACGCCACCUGCACUCGUCUCUUAACAAGAUCAAACACCCCAUCAAUGUAGUGCGAUGGACACCCGAAGGCAGGAGACUGCUGACGGCCUCCAGCAGCGGCGAGUUCACGCUCUGGAAUGGCACGGGCUUCAACUUCGAGACCAUUAUGCAAGCGCAUGACUCGGCCAUCCGCGCCUUGGCGUAUUCGCACAGCGACGACUGGCUGGUAUCGGCCGACCACGACGGCAUCAUCAAGUACUGGCAGCCCAACUUUAACAACGUGGAGAGCAUCCGUGGCCACACAGACCCGGUCCGAGAUCUAGCCUUCAGUCCUACCGACGUCAAGUUCGUCACAGCUUCCGACGACUCGACGCUCAGGAUAUUCGAUUUCGCUGCUGGCGCGCCCGAAUCGACGCUGACGGGGCACGGCUGGGACGCUAAGAGCUGCGACUGGCACCCGACGAAGGGUCUCAUCGUCUCGGGCUCCAAGGACCAUCUCGUCAAGCUCUGGGACCCAAGGACAGGCCGGUGCCUGACAACGCUGCACGGCCACAAGAACACCAUCACCAAGACGCUGUUCGAGCGAGUGCGCGGGCAGUGUCUCGCAACAUCGGCCCGCGACCAGACCGCCCGCGUGUUCGAUCUGCGGAUGAUGCGGGACAUCUGCCUCCUCCGGGGCCACGAGAAGGACAUCUCGACGCUCACCUGGCAUCCGAUCCAUCCCAACCUGCUUAGCACUGGCGGUUCCGAGGGCUCGCUCUUCCACUACCUCCUCGACGAACCCAACACCCCCCCGGGCCACUCCGCCUCCACGGCGCCCUACGACAGCGCCGACCCGGCCUCGGCGCCGGCGCAAACCAUCUACCCGGCGCACCGAGUCCCCUACGCGCACGACUUCGCCAUCUGGUCGCUCGACUGGCAUCCGCUGGGCCACAUCCUCGCGUCCGGGUCCAACGACCGCAUCACGCGCUUCUGGGCGCGCGCCCGCCCGGGCGAGGCCGAGAACUUCAACGACCGCUACCACAUCGGCGAGGCCGCCGCCGAGGCCCAGGGCACGUGGGACCGCCGCGGCCACCGACACAUGCGGCAGGUCGAGGAAGAACAAGAACAGGAAGAUGAGCAGGAGGGGCUGGUCGACCAGAAAAUGCCCCUCAGACCUCCCGGCAUCCCGGGGCUUCCUCUCCAGCAACAACCCACCCUCCCGGGCCUGAUCCCCCCACACCCAGUUGCAGGAGCAGGAGCAGGAGGAGCAGCAGCAGCAGCAGCAGCACCACCUCCGCUCCCAUUCCCCCUGCCGGGCCUACCGCCCAUCCCCGGCGUGGGCGUGGUCGACCCCAAGAACCCGCCCGACUUCGCGGCCAUCGCCGAGAUGAUGAAGAAGCAGGGCAUCCCCCUCCCGCCGCCGCCGCCGCCGCCCGGUAUGUUGCCGCCGGGAACCUUGCUCCCGCCGCCGGUGCUGCCCGCGGGGUAUCCCGUGCCGCCGGGGUUCCCGCCUCCGCCGCCCAAUCUCGCGGCUAUUGCUGCUGCUGCGGCUGCGGCCGGUGGUGGUGGUAGUGGUGGGCAAAACAAUGGAGGUGGUGAUGGAGGUGAUGGUGUUGGGGUGAGGAGGCGGGGCCCGCUUCCCAGCCAGGAGGAGAGCCUGCGGAUGGAGCAGAUCCAGGGGAAGUAUACGAGGGCGCGGUAGGCGUGCUGAAUGAAGAGGGGAGGGGAAGGAAGGGAGGGCCGCAGCGAGAGGGGGUAGUUGAUAAUUUGCGUGGUGCCUAGUUUAGACUACAGAAGGGGGGGUAGGAGAAAGGGGUGGAAAUCCAGGAGGGAAAGGUAGCCAGCCGGUGGGUUGCGGAUCAGGACGGCAAAUUUUUGGGGUUGUCAUGUAUUAUUCUGGUAGUGCGAUCCGGGCACCUGGUUUUAGAAGGAGGAUAAUGGAGAUGUAGCGGAGCCUGGAGGGUUCAAACGUCAGCGACUCGGAUUCUAUGGAUUCUCCUCGUUAAAGAUGAGAUGAGUAUUCCUAGCAUGAAUUACCUAGUCCCGGAACCUUGGAUGGCACGCCCAGGAGUCGACCAGUCAUAGAGGAGACAGAGGAAUGUAUCGUCGGGAAU